GUCAUAAUUUCAAAACAACAUAACCCCUAAUAACAUAACCAAUAAUAUAAAUAAAUACGAUGGCAACGGAUUACGAGGAACAAUAUAUUAUGUUGGAUUUUCAAGAUAAAAUCGAACAAAGUUUCUUCGCCAAUCCAAAUAUGUUCUUUAAAAUGGCCAAACUUGACACCAGCAAGCCAUAUGUGCAAAUCAGUGACCAGGUUUUCUCAGGUAAAUACGAGGAUGCUUACUUUGGCACAAACCUUUUCUUUAAAGAGGAAGAUCAAGCAAAUGCUGCAUCAUCAUCUAUGUACUAUAAGAAGACCCCCAUUAAUCUCAAAUGUAUUGGCAAAACCACCAAAGUUCUGUCCCUUACUUGGCAGGAGGUGCCUGUAGAAGAACUAGUCAAUGUGAGCAAAGAUGAUUUAAGGGAUAUUGUUUUUAAAGAAUCAUAUGAAAAAGUUCUUGAUAAGAUACAAAAUGGAAGUUUGAAUAUUGAAGAAAAUUUGGUAGAAAAGGAUAUUAAAGUGGAUAUGAUUGUGUCCAAACAUAUUAUUAAGGAAGCAAAGUUGAAAAAGAAAAAUAGUCAGCAAUUAGAUCAUAAUCUACCUGUCAUACCUGAACUAAAUUUACAAGAAACUGUAGAAGAGGUAUGUGAAGAUGCCAUGGAAACUGACACUUUAAACAGAACUGGAUACAAUGUGCUGAAAAACAGUGUUGUUUAUCCGAUUCGUGAACCGGAAUACUGCUUGAAGGAUAUCACUGCUUUGAAUAAUUACAAUGAUUUUAUGAUACUGAAACAAUUGCAUUUGCGAAGGCUUGAUUAUUCAAAAAUUAGCUUAAGCAUGGGACAAAAUAUUGAAAAGUAUGUGGACGUGAAAGCGUCCAUAGAGGACGGAAUAAUUGGAAUGAAACCAGUAAAGGAAUUAACGGAAAACGAUAAGGUCGCGUUAUUUGGUUUAGAUAAUUUCCCAAAUCUCUCCGUUCCCAUGCAGCUUACGUUGUUGGUAGAGCAUUUGAAGCUGGAGAAGAAACAUCUGAAGACUUUGAGUAAUGAUCAGCGGAAUGUUAAGGACGAGUUUGGAAGGACUCCAAAGAGGAGGUACAGGUUGUUGAAGUCGUUUGUAAAAGAUUUGGAGUAUUACUUGUUUAUUCGGAUGAAAAAUAAUAAAUUAAUUUUAAAAUAA